CCUCUCAUCUAUUGAUCUUUGUUUUGCUAAAAUUUGUGAGAGGAAUUGAGGGCCAAAGAGUGAUGGAAUUUUGGGCGAGUUCUGUUCUGGAGAGAAAGAGGGAGUUGAGAGAGAGAAGGAAAACGAUGGUUUCUGGGAUGGGAUGGGGGUAUCUUUAAUAGUGUGUGAUGCAUUUCCUAUCACAAGUGCAUCAUUUGUAGUAUUUGAUUUAUAUGUAUAAGGAAAGUGGUAUGUAUGCUUGUGUUGAAACAUCCAAUUAGAUGUCUUUUUGAGAUUAAGAGUUGUAGGUAGUGUCUGCCAAUUGCUCGACGAAAAGACCAAGAGAGAAUGAAUUUCCUUUGGAUUGAUUUGAGAUAUCAGCAAAACGACGCCGUUCCGGGAAGGAUUAAACGCUGCGUAUUAAGCACAGCAGCUUCCUCUGUUCCCAUCCGCAUACCCCUUGUCUAAACAUCUCUCUUAAUUUUGAGCAAAUUUGCCAAUCGGAAUCGUCUAUGGCUGGAACAGCGGAGAUUGAUCCCCAACUGGUUAUUUCAUACAAAUUUCCUGAGUCAACCUACAGCUAUACUGAAAGGGACGCUGCACUAUAUGCACUUGGUGUUGGAGCUUGCUCGAGAGAUCCGGUGGAUGAUAAGGAGCUGAAAUAUGUUUACCAUCAAGAUGGGCAACAAUCAAUUGAGGUUUUGCCAACAUUUGCUAGUUUAUUUUCUGCUGGACUUCAGUCACAGAUUAUAGAGAUGCCUGGUUUGGUAUUUGAUCCUCGUCUUCUAUUACAUGGGCAACAGUACAUAGAGAUAUACAAACCUCUUCCUUCUAAUGGCUAUAUACUUAAUAAGGCUACGGUUUCUGGGUUGCAUGAUAAAGGUAAGUCAACGGUUCUCGAGGUUGAGAUUUUAAGUUAUGAAAAAGAGUCUGGUGUACAGCUGUGCAUGCAACGAUCAGCUGUCUAUUUGCGUGGUGCUGGUGGAUUCUCACAAUCACCCCAGCCUUACUCUUAUACAAAACACCCCUCCGGUCAAAUAUCGACUUACAAAAUUCCUGAAAGUCAACCAUUUGUUGUGUUUGAAGAAUGCACGCAUCCGUCACAGGCCCUCCUCUACAGGCUUUCUGGUGAUUACAAUCCAUUGCACUCAGAUCCUAGAGUUGCCGAAAUAGCCGGAUUUUCUCGUCCAAUCUUGCACGGACUGUGCACUCUUGGGUUUGCAAUUAGAGCCAUCAUUAACAGCAUCUGUCGGGGAGACCAAAACAUGAUCCGCAACAUAACUGGGAGAUUUCUGUUACAUGUAUACCCAGGUGAAACAUUGAUAACAGAAAUGUGGAUUGAAGGGUUCAGUGUGAUUUAUCAGGUGAAGGUCAAAGAACGAAACAAGGCUGCGCUUUCUGGCAUAGUCACUCUCAAUCGCUUCGCCUCAUCUCUCUGAUCUCGAUCUCUGAUGUUGCGAUCUAAGUUUGCUUGUGGAUUAUGUGCAUCUACUCCUCUUGUGUUUUUAAAUGGCUGAAUUAUUUUGUGGCUAUAGUAACAAGUUCUCCAUCAAAUAUUUCAAACUAGAACUGAAUAAAUAAAAUAACGCUGUGCAAAGAUAUAAAAUCAAUCAUUUGCUGA